CCCUUCUCCAUCUGAGCAAGAUGGCAGCGCCCGGUGGGCUCUGAAGGAUGAGGCUGACUCGGAAACGCUUCUGCUCUGCGCUGUUGGCCACCUAUUUGCUCUUCUCCCUCUAUGCCGCAUACAGCGUAUUUCUGAAACCCCGCCGCCCCGCUGCUUCGCGGGCAGGAAAGAAGGAGAAGCAUGGUCGAGAGCAUGCUGUAUUGGGACCUGAAGAAUGGAAUCCUUGGGAAAGCGAUGAGAGAAAUAAUUUACAGCACAAGUCUGAAAAUAGCCUUCAGUUAUUAAAAGAUAUGAAAUUGCAGCAUGAACAAACAGAUCUCAGAGUGCAAAUCUGGGGGAAAGCUGCUAUUGGCCUUUAUCUAUGGCAGCAUAUCAUAGAAGGUCCCCUCAACCCUGCAGAUGUAUCAGCUCAGUGGAGAGAAGGAAGCAUAAAAGCAGGGAAAUCAUUCUUCAGCUUCAUCACAGGUCCAGCUGUAGUCCCUGGAUACUUCUCAGUAGAAGCUGACAAUGCAGUUAUAGUGCUGAAUGGCAGAGAAGAAGGAAAGAUCUCCUACGCCACUCAGUGGCUGCAUUAUGCACAAACCUUAGUCCAAACUCAUAAGCUACAACAUGUUGCUGUUGUUUUGCUUGGAAGCGAACAAUGCAGCAAUGAAUGGAUUUACCCUUACUUAAAAAAAUAUGGAGGGUUCGUGGACCUGCUUUUCAUAAUAUACGACAGCUCCUUAGUGAAUGAAGAAGAUGUUUUCCAGUGGCCUUUGGGAGUAGCUACCUACCGAAAUUUUCCUGUAGUUGAACCGAGCUGGUCAAUGCUCCACACUCCAAGGUUGUACCAGUGUAAUUUCUUAGGAACUGUUUAUAAGAAUUCAUCGAGAGAGGUCCUUAUGGAAGUCCUGAAGCAAAGUGGACUUGAAAAGCUCUGUUGGAUUUCAGCCAGAGAAGAGUGGUGGCCUCAAGAAACUGAUGAGAGCCUUCGAAACUAUCAAGAUGCGUUGCUCCAGAGUGACCUCACGUUGUGUCCAUUGGGAGUCAAUACAGAAUGCUAUAGAAUUUAUGAGGCUUGUUCAUUUGGCUCUGUUCCUGUUGUAGAAGAUGUAAUGACACCAGGCAAUUGUGGAAAUUCAUCUGUGCACCACCAUGCUCCGCUGCAAUUACUAAAGACCAUGGGAGCUCCCUUUAUCUUCAUUAGAAACUGGAAAGAACUUCCUGCUGUGUUAAAAAAAGAGCAAAAUAUGACAUUGCAACAAAAGAUUCAAAGGAGAAAAAAGCUUAUGGAAUGGUAUCGACAAUUUAAAGCACAAAUGAGGCAAAAAUUUAUUAGUACACUGGAAAACUCUUUUUUACCUAAGGAUAAAGGCGGGUAAUUUCUGCUUCCAAAUACAAAAGUAGGCUGAGUUGUAAUUUCUUGUGACCUUCCAGUGAUAUUUUAUGUAAAGAAAUACAUUUUGUCAAAAUGCAAUUACAUUUGUAUGUGGGGAAACAUGCAUGAAUGUUUGCCUCUGAUCAAGGGAUGCUGCAUGAAUACCUGCAUCUCUCCUGGCUUACACCCGGACCAUCAAAGCGAGUGUAUAAAUAGCAGCUUCGCACACACAGCAGAGGCGGCCCAGCAGCUCUUGACAGUUCCCUUUUGUGCACGUUUUUGUGCAACGGAGUCAGUGGGCACCUCUCCCGGAGUGCUCUCUUGCAAUGUGUUUCCCCUGCAACAAAGAGUUUUAGGAGUGCAGAACAACACUCCAGGAGAAGUGCCUCCUGGCUCCCUUGUGCAAAAAUGCACACUCAAGGGCACUGACAGAGCUGCAGGGAAAGUCCCACUGCGUGCACAAAGCUGUUGUAUACACACACACUUUGGUAGUCAGGAUUUCCACCACUAGCUUUUUAUUUAUCUUUCAGUUAUUUUUAAAAGUGGGAUUUUUUAAUCCUCUAAACUUGAUCCUGUGUAAACACUUCUUUUGGAGCAAACACUUGUGUUACUUUCCCCCUAUGCCUUUACCUCUCUUGAUUUAUUUAUUUUUUUAAUAGCCUGAACAUUAAUGAAGAACCCAGUUUGUAAAAGCAGAUCAAGGAAAUAUUGAAUCAUGUACUUAUAUAUUAUAGGUACCUGCAAUAUUCUGACUAGGGAAGUAUUUACGUACGCAGCUGAUCUAUACCGAGUCAGACCACUGGUUUAUCUUACUCAGUACUGUCUACACUGACUGGUAGUGGCUUUCCAGGGUCUCAGGCAGGAAUCUUUCCCAGCCCAACCUGGAGAUGCCAGGGAUUGAACUUGGACCUUCUGCAUGCAAAGCAGAUGCUCUACCACUGAGCUAUGGUCCCAUUCCCUAAUGGGGGUAUCUUACAAUUUUCACAUGUAUUCACCCAUCCAAAUGCAAACCAAGGUGAACCCUGCAUAGCCAAGGGGACAAUUCAUGCUCACUACCACAAGACGGGCUCUCCUUCUGGAAAUGGAUUUAAGUCAGAAAUCAUUAUAAUGGCUACAUGGGACCUCUGGAUUCAGAGGUGGUAUGCCUCUGAAUAUGAUUGGAAGGAACAGCAGCGGAGGGCUGUUGCUUUUCAUGCCUUGAUAAUGGGCUUGACAGAAGCAUUCGAUUGGCCACUGUGGGAAACAGGAUACUGAAUUAGAUUGACUUUUCUUGUGAUACAGCAGGGCUUUUAUUUAGUACUUAUGUCAAACAACAACACAGUGAGGUCAUACACACAAUCAAAAACUAUGUUUUACCCAGGUUUGGGAACUGUGUGUGCUCCCAAUUUUUGGUUGUGUGGAAGCAAGGUAGGAAGAAAACCUGGAUAGCUUUGCUUCCUACCUUGCUUCCACAAAAUCACUUCUACUUAGGUGUUCCUCUUUCCUUGCUUCCGCACAACAGAAAAUUGCAAGCACACACAGCUCUCAAACCUGGGUAGAACACAGUUUUUGAUUGUGUGAAUGACCUUAGUAGGAUUUUAUUUGUUUGUUUUUAGGAUGGAAUAAAACAGAGUUUCCAUGAGUAGGAUAAAAGUAUGCAGUGUAGCUAGUGAAAUUAAUACAGUUCUGUAGAUUGCUGCCGAGCAGAGUUAUUUACAGCUGCGGAUAUCUUGUCAUCCCAGGAACGAGAGACAUUGUCAGUUUUGUAUUUGUAGGGCAAAGUGUAAUUCACUUCUUUUCACUUAAAUAGAAACUUAGCAACUGUUAAUCGUGUCUAGACAACUUCCAGACUGGACUGUUUCAUUGCAUUCUGCAUGGGAUAGCCCCUGAAUAUGGUUUGGACGAGUGCAGAAUGCUGCCACUCAGCUAUAAAUAGGUAUGAAUAGGCAUAGCAGAGGCUACUAAUUGGUUGCUGGACCCACUUCAAAGUGCUGCUUUAACUCCAAAAUAUCCUGGGCCUGAUAUUCUCAGGGAAUGUUUCCUCCAAUAUGAACCUGCUGCCCCGGCAGUUAAGAUUGCCUAAUGAGGUCUUGUCUCUGGUACCAACUUAAGCAAGGCUAGACUUGCCUCUAGGGAUGUGCACGGAACCGGCUCCCUUUGAGCUGAUGGUGGGGCAGGGAUGGCUUUAAGGAUGGGGGAAGGUGCACUUACCACCACCACCCCGUCACACUUCCCCCUCCGGCACUCCACAGAUAAAUAGUCCUGCAUGGAGGCAGCUUACCUCCCUGCCACCCCAUUGCUUCCCUGAUUGGAAGUGCCCGGAAGUGCCUUGCGCACGUGCCACAAGGUUGUCAUUGUCUGCGACGUGCGCAAGGUAUUUCCAGUCACUUCCAGUCAGGGAAGCGAUGGGGUGACAGGGAGGUACACUGCCGCCUCACGGGACUAUUUAUCUGCAGAGCAUCAGAGGGGGAAGCAUGGUGGGGAGGGUGUAAGUGCACCCUCCCCCAUCCUUAAAGCCACCCCACCCACGCAUUUGAACUGGUUUGAAUGUGGGUUCCCAACCUAUUCGGAGUUCUAAGAAUACCUUAUGGCCUCUGUGCAUGUGCAGUGGUAAUUUGCAUGGUCAGCGCAUGUGCAGAGGCCAUAUGCAUGCCGAUGUCAAAUGCAGGCUGCUGGGGGAGAGCACCACCAGGAUGCGUUGAUAGCAUUGAUUGGAUUCCAAAUCACGGCACAAUCCCUUUAAAAUCAAGGACUUAUCCAGCCCCUUUAACGCAGAGGAGAGCAGGUCUAUAUACCUGCUCCUCCUCCACCCGCCACCACUUCUGUACUGGCAGCACUCCCUCCAGCUAUCAAUGCAUUCUGGUGAUGCUCUCCCCCAGCAGCCUGCAUUCGAUGUCGGCAUGCAUAUGGCCUCUGCACAUGCACAGAGUCACUCGCAGGCUUCUGGGGGAGAGCUUUAAUGGUGUUCACUGAUAGCUGGGGGGAGCACCAUCAAUAUGGAAGUGGCAGUAAGCAGAGGAGGACCAGGUAUGGACCUGCUUUCCUCCACAUUAAAGGGGCCGGGUAAGCUCUCAGUUUUAAAGGGAUUGUACCGCAAUUCAGAAGCCGAAUCAUGUUUGGAGCACAUCUCUUUUAUAGUUUAUGGCUCCUUCCCUGUUAUCUUUCUGGAGACAAAUUACAAGUUUUCUUUUUCAUUAUGGCUUCAAUAUUUAAUUUGAGGUUUUGAUAUUUGACUAGCUACUUUAGUUGAUCUUCUAAAUUAUUUUAUUACUUACAUUGUUUUAGGAUCUUGUUCAUUUAAGGGUUUUUUUGCAUACCACUUUGGGGAUUUUAUAUUGAUAAAGUGGCAUGAACAUUAAAAAAAAAUAGUAAAUAUAGCAGCAAGACAGACAGGGAGAGAAGAGUGUUACUCCCUUUUGCUAGGCUGGUUCACAUAAAUUCAGUGCAUAGGAGCAGCAAAAAAAUGGAAUUUAAGGUGGCCAUGGAUUAUACAUGCUGUUUAUGUCAAAAGUCUUUCCACAGGAAUUUGAAAGUUUUGUGUUUGUGAAGCAUGAUUUAAACAGGAGACACUUCACAAAAACAGGUUGCUACAUGGAGCCAUCUCCCUGUGUCUGCCAUGCCACUAAUCACAUGUAGUAACUGGCCUAGUGUCUUGUUAUUUUAGAUGGCAGAUCACAGCUAGGUACUGUAUAUGUGUGGAUGCAUACUCACACCAGUCAGGCCCAUUUUCCCACCUUACAAAUAUUUCCAAAGAUAAAGAACUGUAAUAUAUUUAAUUAGGAUUUCAAAGCAUAUGUACACCUGAUAGCCUUGGUCUCUUGUACUGUACCUAAUUAGAUGACUGGACUUGGGACUGAGCCACUUCUAUACAGUAUGAUUAAUAUUUUACUAGGGAAAUGCACAGAACCAGCUGGCCCGAACACACACACACCCCGGUUCAGUUUGGGGAUGGGGGUUCAUGAAUUUUUAAAAGUUAAAAAAAAAAAAACCUUUAAAAUGAUCUUCGAGGUGACCUGGUGACCUCACAGAGACCAUUUGCACAUGUGCGGCGGCCGCCGUUUUUGCUGACGCGCUGAACUACGGAGGCCCGAAAGGGCCAAAGAACUGGCCGAACGGGCUGGAGGGAGUGAUUUAGGAGGCCAGCAGGGGGAAGGGGAACCUCCGCGGAUCCUCCCCCCGCUGCCUCAAAGACCAUUUUAAAGGUAAUUUAAAAAAAACUUUUUAAAAAUCACACACUCCCCCAAACCUUUGGAGGGGUUCGGUUCUAGGCCGAACCAAACUGGGCGUGGGUGGGUUUCAGUCUGGCCUAGAACCGUCAAACCAAAAUGGUUCAAUGUUGAACCGGUUUGCACAUCCCUUUUUGUUACCACUACCUCUCUUUAUCACUUAUAACAGAAUGCUAAAACAUUUCUCAAGAUCAUUCUCUGAUGUAUUUGCUCCUUCGUAGAUGUUACAUGAAAGUAGUGAUACUCAUUUACUACCUUUUAAUGAGUUGUAUAUUUUUUUAAUCCUCCUUUUGAUGGUUCAAUCAGUUAUCCUAUUUACAAGGAAACAUUGCUCUGGAUCAAUGUGUAAGCAACUUGUUUUGAUUUCAAUAAAUACUUCCAAGUUAGUGACUUAGAAUAGUAGCUUUAAUGUGUUUGCACUUGAAGAUGUUGUGUUUGUUUUUAUUAAUUCGGUUAACUGAUGUCCAAAUGAUUUGUGGUUUCUAAAUUGAUGUUGGUUGCAUUUUAAAAUUAAAUACUUGAGAUAUGA